CAACCUUCGAAAUGUGGAGAGUAGUGGCAUGUUUAGUCCUGAUGGCAGCUUUGACCUUCUCCCAGGGUCAUCGAGGAGAUUACCCGGGAUUUCCACGUCUAAGCAAUGGUCCGAGGUUUAACCAACGACCCUGUGGCCCUCGAGUUUGCGGCAAAAGUGGGCUGUGUUAUCGCAGUUUUGAGAGCAUCUGUGACCUCAACGAUUAUAAUGUAAAGAUGAUAUUCAGUGGCCAAAAAGAAUUCGAUUUGGCUGACCCCGUAUAUUGUCAAGAGGCACCGCCGCAGCCGAAGCUUAUAGAUGUGGGCUACUAUUAUAAUCACCGAAGUUUGGUGGUGGCUCAACCGCCCCGAUCGCUUUACUCAUCCUCCCUUCCAAGGCCCAGAAUAUCCCAUGGUCCAGAGUAUAUUAGAAACUAUGACGCAGUUCCACCAUCAGAUACUUAUGAUUCAGCGCUAGACUAUGAGCUUCCGUAUCCGGUAUGGUCUUUGAAGAGGCCUCAAGUUCCGCGGAGAAGAAACCGAGUGAGUUAUAGGCCUCAAUACUGGAACUAUCCGGCCAAGCGGCCUGAAGCAACCAGGCGGCCAUGUUAUCAGAAAACAACAACCACCGCAAAAUCUCUUAUAUCAACUAAGAUUCCUACAUAUUCAACAACAACGACCACAACUGAGCCAUCUACAACUACGACUACAACUGAACCUUCAACAACAACAAGCACUGAAGCUUCUACAACAACAACCACAGAAAGAACAACGACAACCGCAAAACCAACAACAACCACUAGUGGGUCAACAACCACAGAACCAACGACAACGACUCAGUCUACAACAACUGAAACCACCACAGGGCCGUCAACGACAACAUCCACAGAUGCUACUACCACGACAACGAAUGAUCCCACAACGACAACAAACACAGUAUCAUCCACAAUAACUACAACGGAUCCAUCAACAACAACGACGACGGAUCCGUCCACAACAACGACGACGGAUCCGCCCACAACAACUACGACGGAUCCGUCCACAACAACUACGGCGGAUCCGUCCACAAGUACAUCCACAGAACCUUCUACAACGACAACAACAAUUCGAACAACAGAUCCCACAACGACAACAUCGGAUCCUGCAACAACUGCAGAAUCUGCUAGCAUAUCAUCUACUAACGCUUCCACAACAACGACGGCUGAUCCUUCCACAACAACGACAACCGAUCCUUCUACAACAAAAACCACAGGUUUUUCGACAUCGACAACGACGGCAACCACUUCGGUAUCUCCCACCACAACGACAACGGUUCCAUCCACGACGACAACGGUGCCAUCCACAACAACAACAACAACGUCUUCUACAACGACAACAAAUGAUCCAACAACAAUAUCCACUACAAAUCCUUCUACAACAUCAACGACUACUACAGACUCUUCUACAACGACAACCACUGAUCCCACAACGACAACCUCUGAUCCUACAACAAUAUCCACUACAAAUCCUUCUACAACAUCAACAACAACGACUGCCUCCACAACUUCAACCACUGUCGCAUCUGCUAAACCCUUGACAGUUGAGGUCAGAAGUGCAGACGAACGGUUGGUAGAUUUCGAUUUGGAAGCCUUGGCCUUGAACUCCGAUACGGAAGAGCCAAACUGCACAGAGAUCACCAAUGUGCUUAUAACCACGGGAUCAAGGGUCGUCUUUCAGUUCUCUGGGUGCAUUGUGGCGAGGACUUCUACCAGUACCACCACAUCUUCGAGCAGCACCACCACAACCCCAACCAGCACCACCGUAACAACAACCACUCAGGAAACACCAUCCUAUCAAUGGUAUGGUCAAUCCACGGACUAUGCCCAAUCUCAUGUCAUAUAUACCUAUUAAAACAUUCUUAUUUAGAACCCAAUAAAGAAAAUCAGAUACUU